AAUGCGAGUUCGAAUACAGAUCUGAUCGAUAUGAGUGAGCUCUGGUAUAGGGUUAUUUGAGAUUAAACAUAUCGCUAUCGCUGCUUGAAUAACAAGUGAAUUUUUAAAUGAAAGUCAAAUUAUUUCACUUGAGACUACAAGUUUGCACGAAAUAUUCUGGAUUACAAUGAAUAAUUCUUAAACCUUGAUGUUGGAAGCUUUGCGGAAAAUAUGUUUGGAAUCAAUUUACGCCACGGAGUGACAUGAGCUUGCAGGCCACUCCGGAAAGCGACGAUCUCGGUUAUCAGGACGAUUGGGAGGACGAGGAGGAAACGGACGUGAUCCAUCAGCAACCUCCUGCCAUUCGUCGACCACCAAGAGAGGAGGUCGAGGAAGACUACCAGCCAAGGGGUGACGCCAUGUUUGAGACAACCCCACCUCAGACACGUCGUAACCCACUUCCGGCUCCAAAGCAACAGCAACCGAAGCAAGGAAAGUUCACUACGAAGGUCGUGACUUUCUACCGGAAUGGCGACAAACAUUUCAAGGGUAUUACCCUUCCAGUCAGCAUCAGGAACUAUGCCACAAUGGAUGUCCUCAAGCACUUCCUUACAGGAAAAGUAGCACUGCCCUACGGAGUCCGCAAGAUCUACUCUCUCAGUGGCCUUGAGGUCCAAGCAAUUGAGGAUUUUGUAGACGGACGCGCCUACGUCUGUUCCAGUGGAAAGUUCAGUGAUCGGACACCAUACGGCCGGUCCGAUCACACUAACAGUUAUUGGUCAACAGAAAAACCAACGAAGGGUAUUCGGGGAUCGGACGUGAACCUGAUUAACAAUGACUCGGACACUAGCAAUAAUGUCCUGGUAGAAGAAUUUCCUACCAGUCGUUUCGGGAAGUUUGCCCGGCGGCAUUCUGUGAAUGCAUUGGUCAAGAACCCUUCGAUAGACCCGCAUGUUGCACAGUGGGCCAAACCUAGGGUGGUACAAAUUGUCAGCAAUACUCAUCGUGCCAGCAGAGCCAAGAUCUUGAUCAACCCGAAGACAUCUCAGACCUUUGAUGAUGUCCUCAAGGAUAUGAGUCAAGCCAUUGUGAUGCUGAAUCCACCGGUCAGGAAGCUCUUUACUUGGAGAACAGAAGACGAGGUUCUCAGUUUCACUCAGCUCUUUCGCGACUUCAAGGACCAGAGUAUGUUCAUUGCCUGUGGGUACGAAUCCUUGAAACGGACGUCGAAUCUUGGACGACAACGGGACGACGCAGACGAUAUAAAUAAUUCAGGGGACAAAGUGGUCAUGGACGACAUCAUUGAUGACGGCCCAAAACCUUCGCAACGAGCUCCAGCUUUGGCCAAGGUCGGAAGGUAUGCCAUGAUGUACAACGACUGGAAGAAGUUCAAGAAUAAAAGAUGGAAGAAAGAGGAGGAAACGGUUCAACCAGCUUAUCCUGCAAGAUCCCUGAUACCCGUCCGUUCCAAGGAACCUCCCCUGCCGCCGAUGAAACCCCGCAAGGCAUUCCUCAGCAACAGCCAGGACAGUGCCACCACGGAUGAGAGUGUGGAAUUGAUGGACUUUGAGGAGGAGACUGGGAAGCAGAAUGCCCGGGGUGUCCAUAUAAUAGAGGGUCGAAUGCCGUACAACCUCCGGGAGAGCAAACAGAGGCUCCUUGAUAAACGGCUACAGCUUGAGAAUUCCCCUGAUCACAGCCAAUCUGAGGACGAUCUCCAAGGACCCACAAAGAACAAUAAGCCACCAGGAGCAAGACGAAAGGAGAAGAAAGUCGCCAAACAGCAGCAGCAACAUCCCAAGAAAUUCUUACCGGGUCCGGUUAGCGUGGAGGUACACGGCCAACUCCGGGAAUUCUUGCCGCCUUCUGAAGAGCCGAAGAAACAGCCCGACUCCGCACCCAAAAAGAAACUCAAGCUAGAGUGGGUCUAUGGCUACCGGGGAUUUGACAUGCGCAACAACCUCUUCGUCCUCUCGUCCGGUGAGCUCCUCUACACAGUCGGUGCAAUCGCCAUCUUGUACGAUAGGGAUUUAGGUGAACAAAGACACUAUCUUGGCCACAAUGAAGACAUCCAAAGUAUCGCCGUCCAUCCAUCUGGUGCGUAUGUAGCAACGGGGCAAAUGGCGGGACAACUGCCCGAUUCGACGCCGUCAGACGUCGCUGCGUGUCAUUGCGCACAUAUUAGAGUAUGGGAGGUGCAAUCGCUCUGUACACACGCCAUCCUGGGCCUGGAUUUCUUCGCGGAAGGCAUCGCCUGUCUCAGCUUCUCAAACGAGAACAAUGGAGAGUGGCUCAUGGCGGUUGAACAGGGUUCUGAUCACGUGAUUAGUGUGUGGCAAUGGCAGGAGGAUCGUAUCUACACUAAAUCAAGUGAUUACACGUUAUACGAUGCCGCGUCAAACCAGGCUAGUACGGACGCUGUCGUAUGUGGCGCUUUUCAUCCUUUUGAUGACACCACGGUCGUAACGGCUGGAAGACAACAUCUUUAUUUCUGGACCCUGACUGACAACCGACUGGUCAGGGAUAAAAGGAGUGGGACAUGGGAUGGAGAAAAGCCAUCGUAUGUAACCUGUAUCGAGUUUUCGCACACCGGUGACGUACUAACAGGAGACUCUAGUGGAUGCAUUACAGUCUGGGAGAAGGACACCGACUUCACGUUUAAGCUACGCUACAUGGUCCAGCAUGCCCAUGAGCGUAGUGUAUUCGCCCUAUGUAUGCUAGAAGAUGGUACCUUGCUGUCAGGUGGCGGGUUGGACAGGAGAUUGCUGGCUUGGGACUCUCAUAGCGGCUAUACCUCAUCAAAAGUUGAAAGACUUUUUCCCGAGAACGCUGGUGGCAUCAGGACCAUCACUCCACUGAACCCCGGAAGUCCGGAUGGUCUAAUUGCCAUAGGAACGACCCGGAACCAUAUCAUGGAGGGGUCACUUCAGACGAAAUUCAAAUAUGUGUUACAGGGACACAGUGAAGAGCUUUGGUCGUUGGCGGCGCACCCUACUAAACCGGUAUUUGCUACAGCUGGUUAUGAUCAACACGUGAUCAGUUGGCGCGCUGACGUCCAUCGUCUGUCAUGGAAAGUUCAUGUUGAGAAAUGUUGCGUGUGUUGUGCGUUUAGCCAACCAUCUGGAAAUGUGUUAGCUGUGGGUACGACUGGUGGUCGAUUCAUAGUACAUAGCUCAGAAGAUGGGAUGCACGUCACUUCCGUUCAGCUUGGCAAAGAACAGAUAGAUGUUAUCCAGUAUUCCUCAGAUGGUACGUUUCUUGCUCUGGGAUCACAUGAUCAUUGUAUUUAUAUCUUCUCUGUUAUGGAUGACGGCCAUGUCUACAGGAAACUAGGUGUCUUAGAGGGUCAUGGUAGUUUUAUCACUCACCUCGAUUGGUCGGAAGAUGGCGCCUUUCUCCAAAGCGUUUCGGGCAACUACGACCUUCUAUUUUGGGAUAUUGAGAAUCUACAUCGUGUGAAAGCCAAUACAACAAGGGAUGUCGAAUGGGAUACACAUAAUUGUAUACUAGGAUAUUCAGUAUUAGGAAUUUGGCCCGGACAAGACAAAGGCAGUGAUGUAGACGCCGUGGCAAGAUCCACAAAGAACAGGAUGCUCAUAGCUGGUAAUAACAUCGGUACAAUCUCGGCCUACAGAUAUCCAUGUAUCUCGUAUAAGGCUCGUUCGACUGACCUAAAGCACCACAGUUCUCACGUGACUGCGAUUCACUUCCUGUACAACGACCAUUACGUCAUCACAGCAGGAGGUCACGAUGCCGUCAUCAUGCAGUUCACCCUCGUUGACAAGAUCAAUGACAAGUUCGACAACCUUGCCGAUAGCUUAUGAUAAUAUGAUGGCGAUCAUUGUUCCAGUCGCCCCGCCAGGCUGCGAUUUUUUCCGUCAGUGCUUGUGCACCCGACGCGAGUGGGCAGUAUACUGUAGUCCAUAUAGCUGUAACUUUUUCAUGAAUAAGUAUGGGAAUGACGAAAAAUAGGGUUAAUUUAAUUAGACUACGCCUCGUGAAUAUUCAUGGCCACAGAAUAUAGCGUAAUUUCCGACACAUCCCUAAUGCAGCUCGACUGAUGUGGCACGAUUGGUAAGACGAUGCACUGAGACUAUGAGUUCACUGCACUCAAAGACUAUUAAAGAAUCUCGCCCUAAACGACCUUUCAAAGUUAUUAUUUUUUUAUUAAAAUUUGAGGCAAAACUCUGAAAAAUUACAAGUCCAAGAUUUGUAGUCUAAUUCAAAGCCUCCAAAACAGCUGGGUGCAUAAGGACUGACGAAAAAAAAAUCGCUGCCGGUGUAGCGGCGGAUUGGCAGAUCUGCGGGCGGAUCGUGUUCCAAUUCCGGCGGAUUCAGAGUCAAUUUCUCUUCGGCAGAUUUCGUUCUUGCUAUCGUUUCUCGAUCUGCAUUCACACGGUACCCAUUUCCUUCAAAAUGAUAUAGGACCUACCAUUCUUAAUCACCUACUUUAAUAGGAAAAUAAAUAAUAAUAAAAUCAAACCGCGUCAACCCGGCAGAUAUGGUUCAGAGUAAAAAACGGAUACCUGCCGGCGGAUACCGUAUCCGCCGGUGGAACCAGAUCUGCCGCUACACCGGGCUACAAGCACUUGGAUACUUCUCAUAUAUAGUCUGAUACUGCACAAGCUAACCCAUUUUGUUUACCGUCUAGUCGCUUAUUGGCGUUUGGUCUACAUUAUAGGACUUGGUCUAAUACCAUUUUCGUCUACUUCUCAUUCAGCCUUUGGACAAUAGGCCUAAAAUGUUUACUUUGUCUACUUAUCUUCUUUUUUUUACUUUGUCAGAUGAAAUUUUGGUACAUAAUAAACAGUUCAUCUAACCACAUAGACUAAGUGGUGCAAGUCAAAUGGGAUUUUAUACGAAAUGGGUAUAGGCUAACUGGAAAUUACACAAAAUGAUAAACGGGCUAAAUAGCAAUUAGACCAAAUGGUUAGUAGACGAAGUGGGAUUAGACCAUGUGGGAUGAGACCAAAUGGAAAGCAGACGAAGAGGGCGUAGACAAAUCGGCAAUUUACUAUCAGAAUAAUUGAAUGCUCCAACCAACGCGCCAGGAUAGUCUUCUGUGCAAACCCUUCACUUGACUAACGCGCCGGGGAAUGCCCCUGAAGGGGUCCUGAAUCGAAACAGCAAAGUUUUAUGUAUACCAGUCUUGUGUGAAGACCAACUUGUUGAUCAAAGUUUCAAUCAAGGUCUGUGCCUGCAGACUACGAUGCAACUUGGGUUGAGGGCACAAAAUCAUGCUGACUCUUUUAAUCAGACUGGGAAAUUUUUGCUGUUAUGUCGACAAGAACCCUGAUAGACAAUCACAAUAGCAUGAACAAGAUUUGAAUUCUGUCAUAUGUUUGUCUUAUUCCAUAAUGCAAUAUAAUUCAUAAUUUAUUUCAAAAGCCAAUUGCUAUAUCAUGUACUAGAUGACACUGAUAUUAUCGUAUAUGUAAAUAUAUAUUUAUUUUAUACUUGUUUUUUAAGUGGAAGUGGAAGUGAAUUUUAUGUAUUUUUUAUACGACAAUAAAUAUAUUGAAUAAAUGGAAUGAUUCUACAACCACCCCCAGUAGAUACAUAAAGAGAAGGAUCUGCGCAUCUUUGGUUAAGAGUUAGCAUGCGAAAAUGAAUAUACAUAGUUAUAUAUUUUUAUUGAAGUUAAAAUGUAUUAAUAUAGAUAGUUCUUAACGUUUCAUCGAAUGAAAUGAAUGAUUUUUUUUAUUCCUGAAUAUGAAUCUAUCUAAAUCUAUCUAAUUUGGUCCAAAUUAUUUUUAUUUUUGCUAUACUCUGCUUUAACCCAGGAAUACAGUCAUUACAAAUAUUUCGGUGGAUCAUACCCCCCCCCUCCCUCGCCAACCACCACCUAUUCUCUUACUUUCGUUAAUGUCAUUGUUGUUUUUAUUAACCUCCGGGAACCAAAAGUAUAGUGCCAUGUGCGUUCAAUUUAAGAUUUAUCAGAUCUCGGUUUUCAUAGAAACUACUCCUCCAUAUUUCUCACAUGCACCUUAAUGAAAAAAAAAAUCCGACUUCCAACUCAUUUUUUUCCUGCGACGAUUCCAUGCACUUUUUGGAUGAUAUAACAAAUGAACAUGGUUUGUAAUGUUCUUUUUUUUCUUUGUCACUGUUUUUGUGAAAGCAAUAGUAAUAUAUAUUUUAUAAAUGUUUUGUACAUCAGGGCCCCGUCCUACAAAGAGGUGCAAUUGAUCUGAUCAAGUAUAUGGAAAUCCAUCAACGUCAUAAUAUUUUUCGAUAAGAAAUUUGCACCAUGUCUUUGGUAAACAAAAAGAAGCACGCUGAAUUUUCAAGAAAACGAUGGAUGUGGAAAUAUACAUGUAUAUCAUAUCUAUAAAAUAUUCGGAACAAACAUGCCUUGUAGAUGUUGACGUUGUUGGCUUUCCAUAGUUGUGGUUGAUGGGAUCAAUCGCAACUGUUUUGUAAGACAGAGCCUAGAAAAAACACUGUUUUGUCAGUUUUCAUGACAAAAAUGCAUUUUCUUUUUAUUUGGAGGGAAAAGUGAAUGAAAAGCAAGCUGAAUACAUUAUAAUAUAUCAAUCAUUAUAUUUGUAAAUUGAUGGUAUGGACUAUAUCCUUAUACGCCAGGUGUGUACUCGAUUAAUCUCUUCAAAAUAAUAAUUUUCUUAUAAUGCGUUAUGCUUUUUACUUGAUCAGAAAUAAAUGUAACCGUGGCAAUUUUUACAUUUUA